UUCAUGUAGUUGUGCAUGGCUGAGCCGAGUCGUUCGCCAAUACCGACCGCCGUACACAGCGCAGAAGUUCCGGCGCCGAACAAGUUGCUCUAGUCAAUACGGUUCUUUUGGAUCAGUCGGAAGUCUCGCUUUGUACAGAGCGGGGCUGAUCUAUUGCAGAAGGUUGCCUGGACUUUGAACGCCUCCUGUGCUUGGACUUGUAUGAUAUAAAGGUACAUGGAAGUAUUUCUGCGUUUUGCACAAUUUGCGCUGCCAGACUUGCAACUCCAUGCGGAGAAGAUUGUUACUAGUUUACGCCACGAUGCAGACCUAGCUCUUACGAUGUUGUUCCUACUCUAUUAGAGUCUGACCGACUGUUAGAGAGAUAAAGUGGCGGGUUGAAGAGCAGGGAGCGAGAGCUUCUGAUGAAUUCUUUUAUAGAACAGUUGACUUUUUAAGGUACGCAGUUGAUUUCUGUAGGAUAAAUGUCGAUCGGAAUUCGGUCAGAGUGUGUGCGGUGGUAGACGCGAAUAGGUUACGCUCAGCAGGAGGAAUGCAUAACUAACUCGAACGGUCCUUGGUGCUGUGCAAGUUUUCCCCGUGAAACCAUUCGAGCGGCUGCAACUCUCCGCGUUCCAAAACCAAUUGAGGUCAUACACGCACAUCGAUCGGCCCGAGGUGCAUCGGAUGAUACUGUCGGUUUACAGCACGCAGUGACUGCUAAAGACGGCUUUCUUUUCAUAUAUCCGCAUAGUUUGAGUAUGUCGAUUUCGAAUCACGAUGACAGAGAAGGCAGAUAUGACAGGAGCGUCAUGCGACCCCACCCUCCACUCAGAUGGUGGUCGGCGCUUGCAGCAUUGCUCGUCGUGGCGAGUCACGCGGUGUUUCACUGCCUAGCCCAGGACGUGGUGCCGCUCGUGCCCAGCCAGGAGCAGGAGAUCGUGGACGCACACAACGCAGGUCGAGAGCAGGUCAUGCCGUUGCCAUGUUCACCCUUGCCAACCGUUGCCUGGGACGCUAUUCUGGCAGAGGCGGCCGCUGUCCACGCUCUACAGUGUCGUCAGGUGCUACAGGAACAGAGUGCGAGAAGGCGUGACGUACAACAAGCAGCGGUGGAUUUCGGAAUACCCGCCACAUCAGCAGCAAUAGGUCAGUCAAUAUCAGUGCUUGUCACGUCAGUCGGCGGCGCUCUUGGACUGAGCGAAUCGAUCAGCACCAACUUCCAGCUGGGAGCGUCGUCGUACAACCACACACUGAACCUGUGUGUGUCCACCGACGGUGUUAUCAGCCCCAGCACCACGCUGCAGUGCCGGCAGUACGUUGACAUGGUAACGGCCAGCGUGACGUCAGUGGGCUGCGCGCUGACGCAGUGUCCGUCGGUGGAGUUCGGCGUCGGUGCGGCUCCGUUUGUGCCUCCCGGUGGCACGGACGUGUUCGUGUUCAACUGCCUAUACGCGCCGAUCACCGGCGACUUUCAGACCAGCGAGGGUCUCCUGACUGGCCCGCCAUACGCAACAAACUGCCCCGUGGUGAGUACAGUCGUCGGCAGUCAAACAUCGCCGACGGACAGUCCGGAAUUGCCGGAGCCCACUACCACCAUGGCCCGCACUGACCCGGUGACAGAUCCGGGGCCAGGCGUCGCAGCUAGCACACAGGCUUCAGCCAAUACUGACGCUGCUGGCACCUUGUCCAGACUGGCUGAAGACACGUUCCGACGUGUCUUCCUAUCGAACGACGAUAACCAGGAAAGCAACAAUGGAGAAGACUCAUCAGAUUCAUCAGAUGUUGAUGAUGAUUGCAUGAGGCGGCGGAAGCGGCGAUUGCGCCGACUUCGCUCUUCGUCUUCCUCUUCGGACAGCGGGAGCGCGUCUGCCGAUGACUCUGACGACGAUUGCGAGAUGUCAGACUCGGAUUCGUCUUCAUCGUCGAGUUGAGAGGUGAUCGGCACGUUGGUGUAAGCGGUUACCUAGGAGACAAGCAUUGCUACUGUAUGGCCCAAAUCAAUACUGCUGGAACUCUUGAGGUACGAGCACUUGCAGCUCAGAAAAUGCAUCUACUUUCAUGUCGACUCGUGAUUAUUUUAUUUUUUGAUCAUACCAGUAUAAAAUUUUGCAUUUUUUUGAGAUUUCGCUAUUGUGUGACAAUGUGAGUGUGUGAGUGAAGAUCUGUGCAGUACACGUCUUGCUCUCUUGAUGUCAACCAUACUUUGCCUGAGCGACAAGGCAUAGCACAACAUACACUUCAGAAAACUCACAUGGUAUUGUACGACUCCCUGGCACACACACAGUCACACAUACACCCACACAUACACACACACACCCACACACACACACGUGUCUGUGCCACCACCCCUUUCACGAUGGACCGGAUGUUGAUGAUGAUGAUUAGGUCAAGCAA